AGAAAAAAGGAAAAUAGAUAAUUUAAAAUGGGACCGAGGGAGUAGUAUUUUAAUUUUGAAAGUCAAUAUGUGAGUACCUAUAAUUUUUAAUGCAAUUUGGCCCAAUUAACAAAUGAGCAGCCCAAUCAAAAACAUGUUCAUUGGAAGUUUCAAAAGACACCUGAAUUUGAAACUGCAGAGACACAAAGUACACAUCUCGUCAGUUCGUCUCUGCUUCGUUUGUGGAAUUAUCUUCGCCGCCGUCACAUAUUCCGUCGAUCCAAAUUCUCAGCUUUUCAUCCUCUCAUCUUUAAUCUCUAUUUUACAGUUUACCCCUUCUUCUUCUUUUGAAGCAGUUUGGUGAUUUGAGGUUAAGAGUUGGGUUGCAAAGGUUGCCAAUGGCCGGAGACAAGAUGUUUGAGAAAUCUCAAACAAGUUUUUCUGGAUUGGAAACUGAAGCGGUUACUGAGUUGACUCACAAGAUUUCCAGAAAAGCAGGAAAACCAUAUGUUUCACAAUCUUCCAGUUCUCCAUUGGGCAAUGUUGCCACUCGUGUUAAGGGCCCUUCUGAUCAACGGACGAUCUCCUUUGAACAAUAUUAUGCAGGAUACAACAAAAUUUUGAAUAAUGAUCAUCACGGUUGUUCUAAUACGGGCAUCCAAUCAGAAAACGGUUCUUACCGUUAUUAUCUCCCUGACUAUAAUCAUUAUGCCCCAAAGUUUAUGGGUUCAGAUGGGAAACACUUGAAACCACAACCGUAUACACCAUCGUCAUCAUCAUCAUCAUCAGGAUAUCUUCAGCAACAAUGGAGUUCAUCAAGGAAUUCUACAACCACAGCAACAGGCGGUUCACUAAAGCCGAAAGGUUUUAACUCUUCAAAAACAAACCAUGGCUUUUCGACCAGAAACGUGCCUCCCCAUUUGAAUUCUUUUGGUUCAAACUACCAACCUCAAGGCCAGCCGAACGGGUUUCACCCGGUUACAAAGUUUCCAUCACAUACAAGUCAAAACCAAGGCUUUUUGCACCAUGGUCAACUUAACUACCAAACGAACGGCAGAGUCUUCAUGAGUGGCAACUUUAAAUCCAAUCCCAGAGACAAUUUCAACAAGAAGGGAGUAAAAGACGCCUCUUCUUCUGAACUUAACCGCGGGCCCAGGGCGAAAGCGAAGAGCAAUAACCCCUCAAAGCCAUUGGGUGAAAAUGAGAGCGUCCAGCGGAGCCUGUACAACAAAGAAGAUUUCUGUACUCACUAUGAUCAUGCCAAGUUUUAUGUGAUCAAGUCGUUCACUGAAGACAAUGUCCACAGAUGUGUUAAAUAUGAUGUUUGGUCAAGCACGCCAAUCGGGAAUAAGAAACUAGACGAUGCUUUCCGCGAAGCUGAAGGGAAAAGCAGUGAAACCGGCGCAAAGUGCCCGGUCUUCCUCUUCUUUUCUGUUAAUGGAAGUGGGCAGUUCCUCGGUGUGGCGGAGAUGAUAGGGCCGGUUGAUUUCAACAAGAAACUGGACUUUUGGCAGCUUGAUAAAUGGAGUGGCUUCUUCCCGGUGAAGUGGCACAUUGUUAAGGAUGUCCCCCACCAUCAGUUGAAGCACAUUAUCCUUAAAAACAAUGACAAUAGGGAUGUCACCUACACUCGAGACACUCAAGAGGUGGGCUUGAAAGAAGGUCUGGAGAUGUUAAACAUAUUUAAAAGUUACCAUGAGAAAUCGUCGUUGUUGGACGACUUUGACUUCUACGAGGAACAAGAGAUGUCCCUCAAAGCCAAACAAAGUGUUGCGUCUCCGGCUCCGGAGUAUGACGAAUGUGAGGCCGUGUCUUCUCUGGUGGGUCCCACAAGAAACCUCUCCCUCGGUUCACAGCCACCGGAGGCCAUAUGAGUUGGAGGCGCUACAAUGGCGUCGCUAAUAUUUUGUGCAACAUUGUUGUUUGCUUUGGUGUCCAAUGUGUGUGUACUAAAUAAAAUAGCUUUUUUGCUGCUUUUUUUUCUUUCAACCUUCUCAAUAGGGUGUCUACUCUGUUUUUGUUUUUUUUGGGAGCUUUUUUCUACCAACAUUUGUAUUUGUGUAAGAGUAGUGAAAAAGAAAACAUUGUAAAAACC